UCUGAAUAUUCAGUUGCUGCAUGUCUGAACAGAUACAAGCCGCGAAUUACACUAAAAACAACUAAUAUCAGACUCUGGAACAGGCUUGAAAAAAUAUUGUUGUAUAUAUCUGCGUUAAACCGUAAUAUACAAAACAAUGUGGAGUAAUACUGGACUGUGGCACAGUGUCACAGCUGCGUAGCUGUGGGAGUUAUUGAAAAAGACAGUCUGUGAAAAAAUAUACAUUGCAUGUUUUUUUUAGGUAUUCUCCUAAGGAGAACGCACAAAGAUACCUAAAAAUGCCUGGAAUGAUGGAUAAAGGGUCGGAGUAUCUAGGAAAGGGACGCUCAAACGGAACAAAAAACCCUUCAAAUGCAUCGAAUGGACAUUUUUCUGAUGAGAGUGGUAGUGACGACGAGCACGAUGUCGGAAUGCGUGUGGGAUCCGAUUAUCAAGCCAAUAUACCCGAAUUUGAUCAUGGUUCUACCAAGUACAGUGAUAAAGAUAGUGGGGGAAUGUUGGUGUGGUCUCCAUAUCACACCAUUGUCGACCCAAAAUUGGAUGAAUAUAUUGCCAUUGCAAAAGAGAAGCAUGGAUAUAAUGUUGAGCAGGCAUUGGGCAUGCUGUUCUGGCACAAGCACAACAUUGAGAAGUCCCUGGCAGACCUUCCCAACUUCACCCCCUUCCCCGACGAGUGGACCGUGGAGGAUAAGGUGCUGUUCGAACAAGCCUUCAGCUUCCACGGAAAAAGCUUCCACAGGAUUCAACAAAUGUUACCAGACAAAUCCAUAUCCAGCCUUGUGAAGUAUUACUACUCCUGGAAGAAGACCCGGUCCAGAACCAGCCUGAUGGACCGCCAGGCCAGAAAGCUGGCAAACCGAAAUGCCCAAGAUGAAAGUGAUGAAGAAAUGGAGGAGGCCAACCCCAUCGAAGCAAACGAUAGUGAUUAUGACCCCACCAAGGAGACGAAAAAAGAGAGCCACACGGAGCCCCAGCCCCUGAGCUCCUCCAAGAUUGGGCUCGGCCGACGGGAGCACCUGACGCUCAUGCACCGGCACCACUCGCAGCGUUCCAAGUGCCGGCCGCCCAAGGGCAUGUUCCUGACCCAGGAGGAUGUGGUGGCAGUGUCGUGCAGCUCCAGCGCUGCCAACACCGUCCUUCGGCAGCUGGACAUGGAGCUGGUGGGCCUCAAAAGACAGGUUCAAAAUGCAAAGCAACUGAACAGUGGUCUGAAACACAGGAUGGAAGCGGGCAUUGAUGACUUCAGGCUGCCGGAGUGCAGCCAAAAAGUUAAUGCUCGCUGGACAACAGAUGAACAGCUUCUGGCAGUUCAAGGUGUCCGGAAGUACGGGAAAGACUUCCAGGCCAUUGCCGACGUUAUCGGUAAUAAGACGGUAGGGCAGGUAAAGAACUUCUUUGUGAACUACCGCCGCCGGUUUAACCUGGAGGAGGUGCUGCAGGAGUGGGAGGCGGAGCAGGGAACUGGCACCCCCAACGGUGACACUGCCACCUCUGGCGAGGAGGGGAAGAACAGCUCCAACACCCCUUCUGGGAAGAGUACGGACGAAGAGGAGGAGGAGGGCCAGGUGACCCUCUCGUCAGGCCCUUCUCCCGCUGCCACUUCCUCUUCUACUUUCCAAACCCUGGUGACAUCGUCGGCAACCUCGCUCAACCAGCCGCCCCCGCUCCUAAGGCCCUCCCUGCCGGCCACCCCGGCCCUCCACAGGCAGCCGCCCCCUCUCCAGCAGCAAGCCCGCUUCCUACAGCCCCGGCCCGCGCUCAACCAGCCCCCCCCACUCAUCCGGCCCUCCAACCCCCCGCCCCCGCGCCUCAAUCCCCGGCCGCUUGCCCCGACCUCAGCCCCCACCUCCACAGGGUGCCCAGGCUCCAGCCAGCCGCCCCCCACCCUGGUGGGCAUCCCAUCGGAGACGCCGUCCUCCUCGCUGCACUAAGUGUGUGCAAUGGCGAAGGAAGAAAACGGAAAAGUCGGUGGUCGUUUUUUUUUUACUUGGUCGUUUGUUUCCUUGUAUUUUUCUUGACAAUGAUCUG